CUCGGUCCUUUCCGUGCACCAUUCGAAUGUUAUGGUCAGCGCUUCAUGAUGUCACCAUUCUUUCACUGGCGCAGAAACGUCAUUCUGGCUAACCACAUGCUGUGCGCCAAAGAUGACGCGCACAACGAUUCAAAGUGUAUAAGAUCUCACCCAAAGAACCUCAAAAUGAGAUCCAUCAUCACAAUCACUAAGUAAAUCAUGAACAGAAUCGCCCUCAGACCUACCAAGCUUUUCGCUGCAUCAGUACCCAGAGUCAGAGCCAUGUCGUCUCAGAACCCCAUCCACAACACCGCCGAGGCCGCCGGCCAAAAGAAGGACACCAGCCCAUCCAAGCCUAGCGUCAUCUCCUCAGAGGGCGCCAUUGGCAAGCAAUUCAACCCUGAUGGUAACAUCGGCCAAAUUGGCGAAGCAGUUGGCGGCCCUUUCUCAAAGGAUGGUGUCAUUGGAAGUCAGUUUGAUGCAAGCAAGGGAGGCAUCGCAGGCACGGUGGAAAAAGCCGUGGACGGUCCCCGAAACCCGGCGAAGAAAUAGCUUCAGAAUCGGGUAGCUGAUUGAGAUAUUUCUCUCGGCGUGUAGCAAUACAAGUUUCUAACCUCAAUUCAUCCCAAUAUCAAGCUCCAUCAUACGUAGUUGAAAUAGGGCUACUAAGUACCUUUUCGAAGCUGACAGUUAGUACGCUGCUAUUCGGGAUCUCAUUUGAAGGAGG